AUGCAGGAGUUCCUAGCCAAAGAAGACUUCCUCAAGAAAUGGGAAAACCCCUCCCAGAACAUGGCCAAUUUGUAUCAGUUUGAUCGAAUCAAGACCUUGGGGACGGGCUCAUUAGGGAGGGUGAUGCUGGUGAAAGACAAAGAGACCGGGAAUCACUAUGCCAUGAAGAUCCUGGAUAAACAGAAGGUAGUGAAGCUGAAAGAAAUUGAGCACACCCUCAACGAGAAAUGCAUCCUCCAGGUUGUCAACUUUGAAAUCCUCGUCAAGCUAGAGUAUUCUAACACAGCCAGGUUGGAUCAAUUUGAUCGAAUCAAGACCUUGGGCACAGGCUCAUUUGGGAGGGUCAUGCUGGUGAAAGACAAAGAGACCGGGAAUCACUAUGCCAUGAAGAUCCUGGAUAAACAGAAGGUAGUGAAGCUGAAAGAAAUUGAGCACACCCUCAACGAGAAAUGCAUCCUCCAGGUUGUCAACUUGGAAAUCCUCGUCAAGCUAGAGUAUUCUUUCAAGGUAGCUGUCCUUUGCUUGCCAGCCCGGCCCUAGGCUGUGUCUCCCCCCCGACUCCCACAAUCCCCUCAAUUUGUUUCCUAUUUAAAACCAAAGCUCUGCUGAAGGGGUCGAAGGGCACAGUCGGCGUCUCUUGUAUCCUGAGAACAAACGUUCCUGGCGUGACGUCUGGGAUCAGGUUUGGAGCUACGAAAAAUCAGUUUGGAUGAUUCUCCUUUUUCACUCUCUUCUGUUCUGCUUUUGACUCCAUAUUUUGAACAGUGAUACUUCCCCGGCUCUCCCCCAACCUGGACAGUUUUGGUUUCGUUCCUAGUCAGUUUCAGUUUCCGGCUCCCAUGCGCUGGCCUUCAUGCACAAUUGGCUUUGCGGAGACUUUGAAAUCAUCACGUGGGAUCGUUUCCUCCAGAUGGAGUUUCUGUGAAAGCUAAAAUUCAGGCCCCGGCGAUGGGGCUUGGACCCUCUUCUCUGAACCUGGAUCUUGGGGCCUGUGAACUACACCCUUUGUGUAGGGGGGAGAGCAAAGAUAGUUGUGCCUUCGAGCUCCACAGCUUUCUUGGUGUCUUAAGUUCACAUGCGAGGGCCCCCCACAGCCUAGUGGGUCCAGAUUCUGCUCUCACACUGGGGUAAAUCUGGAGAUGCUCGGGAACUGUGGCCAGUGGGAGCUGCGGGGGCGGUGCCUGCAGGUAGAGGCCGUGCGCAGACCCCUUUGCCCCACUCCCCAGUGGCUGCUUCCGGGAGCAGCGUGGGGCCAGAGCAGGCAGGGAGCCUGCCUUAGCCCCGCUGCGCUGCCGACCAGGAGCCGCCUGAGUUAAGCGCCAACCGGCUGGAGCCUGCAGGCAUAGGAGAGAGGGGUCUGACUUUGAAAAGCUCCCCCAGAACGGGGUUUCACAGCGUGACCUUGCCGGAUGGCUGAGACCCGGGGCAGCUGCAACUCCGGGAGCUGCAAUUGUGGAAGAGAAGAAAGGGGGCGCUGAACUGUAGCUAGUCACCAGAAGAGGGCACCAUGCUCAGCGUUACAGACCCC